AUGCUCCGACACUCCAUCAGGCUCCCCAUCACGCCCACUCUGCAGCCACGACCAGCCUGGCCAUCACCCAACGCUGUCGCGUCAUCGUCCCGCCGCCCUCUAUCCACUCGCGCUCCCCCAACACCACCUCCACAGCACUACAGCUACACCCUUCUGCUCAAGGGCAAGUUGAAAUAUGACGCGCAAUGGAUACAGCCCCGACUGCAUCAACAAGCCUCGGUUGGGACCCCGCCCUUGCACUUUGGGCGCAGCUGGGUAGCUUUCGGGACGAGUCGACCAAGUACACAUCUGCUUCUUGGGGCUAGAUCGUAUGGCGUCGGGGCUCUGAUUCGGAAUGUACCGCAGUUGGGGACGAUACGCGGUUUCCAUGCAACGUCGCGCCGUCAAGCCCUCCCUCUCGUGCCGGCCCUCGGCGCUCUUCUCAAGGGAACCACGUUGCUCACACUUGCGACAGGCCUGUCGAGAGUGCUCCUCUCGUUUUUACCCAUUGGAACGCUUGCCAUGUUCCGGUUCCGCAGGCCCGUCGACUGGCUAGCCAAGGACAAGCGGAUCCCAAAGGCGUCGCCCGACGCCGAGGAGUUUUGGAAGAUGUGGUGUGAGGGGGAGAAAGGCAUUUCCCUUACACAGGCCGACGCGAUCUCACUGGUCGAGGCGCCCGAGACCCCGAAUGGCGAUCUCAUCUCACCCGACGGCCGUAUUGCGUACGUGCUCCCAAUGCGAGCGACAACUCGCGAAAGAUGGCGCGACAAGCAGCCGAUCAAGCCUGAGGACGUUGACGAGAAUACCCGUGCCCACGCCAAAUGGGUCAAGCGCAUGGCGGCCAGCCUGCGCCGUGGGUACUUCUUCCUACCACCCCUUCCGUCAGUCAGCGUACGGUUCUACAACGAGCUCUCGACCAAGGAGCAGCACGAGGUCGACGCACUGCGGCAAUACUGGACGAGUCUGCGAAUGUUCAAGGACCGACUGUACAUGACGCGGUGGAUCGUCACUCUGCUCUUCUUCAUGCCUGUGCUCCUGCUCCUUGGUGUUUGGGCGACGGCGCUGGAGCGGGUGCCUGUCACAGGGCGGUGGCGGCUAAUUCUGCUCACGACCGAGGAGGAGGAGGCCGUCGCCGCAAGUCUCGAGGGCGCAAAUUGGUACAAGAGCGUCAUCAACCUGCUCUCAACGCCCGAGAAAUCUGCCCCGCCCAUUGUGCCGUUGAAUGACUGGCGAUGGCAGUGGGUGCAGAGCACGCUUCGACGCCUCGAGGCUGGCGUGCUUGCCGCCGUCGAGCGCGUUGACGGUGGCGAGUUGGGCAGGCCCAUCGACGCCGAUGAAGACAGCAUUUGGCCUCCACCAUCCAAGUACCCGCUGCGGCCUCGGCUUCGCGCCUCUGCGCGCCUCCACGCAAGGCUACCAGGCAGCACCAAGGACGCGAGGUCAGAGAACAUGGAGGUCGGGCCGCCGUACAAUGUCAUGCUCAUGGACGCGCCGGACUGCAACGCGUUCUCGUACGGGUUCGGUGGCAAGAGUGCGGGUGGCAUAGUCAUCUUCACAGGCCUGCUGGACGAGAUCCUUGCACACAACACAGCAUCUGAGUUUGAGGCACCGCCACCCAAACCCAGAGGGUUCCUCGACGGUUUAUUCUCGACCGCACCGCCGCUGCAAACUCACGCUCCGCCAACAGAGGAGCAGACACUUCAUCUGGCCAUGGUGCUCGCCCAUGAGAUGGGUCACCUCCUACUCUCGCACCACCUCGAGACUCUGUCGCACCAGCAGGUGUUGUGGCCGUCCAUUCUGGGGUUGCAGGUCGACAUCAUCCGCGCGAUCAUCUGGCCGUUCACGAUCUUCUUGGGUCCCGCUGUCAACGAUGCCUUGGCGAGCCUUGGGCGUACGACGGCCGAGGAGAUGAAGGAGCACUUCGGGCACGUCGGCUUUGAGCGGCGACACGAGUAUGAGGCGGACCUUGUCGGCAUGAGGGUGCUCGCUCAUGCGUACUUUGACCCGCGGAAGGCAGUGAAGAACUUUGCGGGCAGCAUCGCCUCGCUCGAGGAGAUCGGGAAUGGGGAGGGUUCGCUUCUCGACAUGAUCAAGCUGUGGAGCUGGUCAAGCCACCCGUCGACGACGGAGAGGACGGAGGCGAUGCGUACCGAGUUGAGCCGCUGGGCUGCUUACGAUGACAAGGAGCGGGAAUAG